AUGGAGUUGGGGUGGGGUGUGUUAUUGGCUGGGGUUUUGGGUUUAAGCAGCUUUUGGUGGGUGCUUGGGAGGGUGAAUUGUUGGUACUAUGAGAUACUGAAGCUUGGUGAUAAGAAAAGACUGAGUUUGCCUCCAGGUGAUUUAGGUUGGCCUUUCAUUGGCCACAUGUGGUCUUUCCUAAGAGCUUUCAAGUCCAACAACCCGGAUUCCUUCAUCGCCUCAUUUGUUUCCAAAUAUGGAGCAACUGGGAUGUACAAGACCUUCAUGUUUGGUAGCCCAAGUAUCAUCGUUACAACACCUGAGGCCUGCCGAAGAGUUCUAUCAGAUGAUGAAUUCCAGCCUGGGUGGCCUGAAUCCACCAAUGUACUCAUGGGCAGAAAGUCUUUCAUUGGCAUUUCUGUGGAAGAGCACAAGCGUUUGCGGAAGCUGACAGCCGCCCCCGUGAAUGGGCACGAAGCAUUGUCUUUUUACAUUACCUACAUUGAAAAAAGUGUGAAGAUAGCACUCGAGAAAUGGGCUUCCAUGGGAGAAAUAGAGUUCUUGACACAGAUGCGGAAGCUCACCUUUACCAUAAUUAUGUACAUUUUCUUGAGCUCAGAGAGUGAACAGGUCACGGAGGCUUUGGAGAGGGAAUACACAACUCUCAACUAUGGGGUUAGAGCUCUGGCAAUUAAUCUUCCAGGAUUUGCUUACUAUAAUAGUCUCAAGGCGCGAAAAAGACUCGUGGCUAUUUUUCAAUCCGUAGUGGAUGAAAGAAGAGAGUUGAGAAGGAAGAACCCUAAAGCUAGUCUUCUUGAGAAUGGAAAGAAAGACAUGAUGGAUAGACUAAUGGAUGUUAAAGAUGAGAAUGGGAGAGAGCUGGAUGAUGAGGAAAUAAUUGAUGUUAUGCUCAUGUACUUAAAUGCUGGACAUGAAUCAUCAGGCCAUAUCACAAUGUGGGCUACUGUGUUUCUGCAGAGCCACCCUGAGGCCUUCAAAAAAGCCAGGGCAGAGCAAGAGGAAAUUAGGCGAAAUAUGCCUCCUGAUCAGAAGAGUUUGACACUCAAAGAGGUCCGACAGAUGGAGUAUUUGUCUAAGGUGGUUGAUGAAACACUUCGUCUAGUAACCUUCUCUCUCAUGGUGUUUCGCGUGGCAAAUAAGGAUGUCAAUAUUUUGGGAUAUACAAUUCCAGCGGGAUGGAAAGUUUUGACGUGGUUUAGAGGUCCUCACUAUGAUGAGGAGCUAUAUGAGGACCCAUUUGCAUUCAAACCUUCUAGAUGGGAUGAUUUUACACCAAAAGCAGGAGCUUUUCUUCCAUUUGGAGCGGGAAGCAGACUCUGCCCAGGAAACGACCUUGCCAAGCUCGAAAUCUCUAUUUUUCUUCAUCAUUUUCUAUUGGGUUAUGAGCUGCAGAGGAAAAAUCCUGACUCCCCACUCAUGUAUUUACCACACACCAGGCCUAAAGACAACUGUUUGGGAAGAAUUGUAAGAACAUCAUCUUCAACCAUCAAGAUAACAAAUUAAACAACUUCAGCUCGUAGCUGCAUGCUCUAUUGUCUCGAUCCAUCUCUUCAAAAUUAAUCUAUGUUAUCCUUUGUUUUCACUUUUAGUUUCUUAUUAAUAAAAAGUACGCUAGGGUUGGGAUGAUUUCUUAACCCCACAAAUAUAAUGAUGA